GGCGCCGAGCGAGAUGGCAGCCUCGCUUCGCGUUCCUUGGAAAAUAUGCAGUAUUUUGUUUUUUUAUGUGUUAUUUCUUACAUUGGUACCCCAGGUGAUCUUAGAUUUCAUUACAUACAGUCGGGAGGAACUACUGAAUAUACGAGUAACGUCAACUAACCACCGUUCCUACCAGGAAUAUGACUUUCCCGAAACGGAUCCAGUGUUUUGCCUUCCACCCAAUACAAUGGACCUGAUCCCAGCCGGGGAGCCUACGCGACGCCGUAAAAGGGGCAAACGUAGCGGUCUCCUGGUCAGGCUUCGGAGACGGGCACAUCGCGCUCCACUCCCUAGCAUACUACUCGCCAAUGUCCAGUCUCUUGACAAUAAGGUCGAUGAAAUCCGAGCACGGGUAAGAUUCCAGAGAGACAUCAGGGAUUGCAACGUGCUCUGCUUCACGGAAACAUGGCUAACUCAAAAGACGCUAACGGAGUCGGUGCAGCCAGCUGGUUUCUUCACGCAUCGCGCAGACAGAAACAAACAUCUUUCUGGAGCGGUGGUACCUGCUCUGAGCUACCCGGAGACAGCUUUCGCACCACCGGCUCAGCCCUGUCUUGCGCCCUUGCAAUGGGAGGGCAGAUCCGUCGAAUACAACCACGACACUGGGCGAAAUGCACGGGCCUCGGUGUCGUAUGAUGCACAGAACCACAGAAUAAGGCUUCUUCAACAGAAUAAAAGACAUACACCAUGCCAGAAAUACUUUGAGUUUAUCUACCUGUACAACAGUGGCCUGCUGUUCCAGAUCGAGCAGAAGACGAAGCAGUGUUCUAAGAUCCCCUUGACCCAGGCCUGGGACCCCUUUGACAUCCCUAUGAACUCCACCUAUGAGGACCAGUACUUUAUCGGUGGACCUGGAGACAUGAUCGAGGUGCAGGAGUGGUCAGAUAGGAAACCAGCCCGCAAAAAUGAGGCGUGGGUGGGCGUCUACACAGUGAAGGACUGCUACCCUGUCCAGGAGACCUACACCAGGAACAGCAGCGUCACUACCUCUACCCGCUUCUUUGACCUCCAGCUGGGCAUCAGCGACCCGGAAGUCUUCACACCGCCCAGCAGCUGCCAGUCGGCCCACCCAGAGAUGAUGGACUCCGACUGCUGAGGCCUUCACCUUUCCCCUUUGACCCCAUGCGCCCAGUUUUCACAUUUCCCCCACUUUUUGUUUUAUUAGGCAAGUCAGUUAAGAACUAAUUCUUAUUUUACAAUGAUGGCCUACCCCGGCCAAACCCACCCCUAACCCGGAUGACGCUGGGCCAUUUGUGCACCGACCUAUGGGACUCCCGAUCACAGCCGGUUGUGAUACAGCUCGGGGUUGAACCAGGGUGUGUAGUGAAGCCUCUAGCACUGUGAUGCAGCGCUUUAGACCGCUGCGCCCCUCGGGAGCCAUAAAUGGGGGAGGAGAAGCUGAUCCUAGAUCUGUACUCAGGGGAAACUUUACCCCGGAGGACUACAUCAUCUAAGGGGAAUGUCCAUAGUCUAAAAUGGCUUCCUCUCCUUGCCUUAUUUUAUUAAUUCAUUUGUCAGGGACCAUGCACAACAAAUGCUGCACCAGAUUUAGCUACAUAUCCAAUUUUGAUAUGUGGUCUCCUUGACUCUUUUCCUUCAUUUACACCCAUCUUGUCUUUUUAGACCAAUGCAAGAGAUGAAGGAGAAGAGCUGAGGAGAAGAAGCCUCUUUGGACUAUUGAAAUACACCCCUGUUCUCUCAGCAUAAAGCUACACGGUGAUCCAAUUUAGAUGUAGCAGUUACAGGAACAGGCCCAACCUUGUCCUGGAAGACCACCAUAUCGGCACCAAAUCAGCACAAUUUCCAUUUCCAUUGACAAAGUAUCUUGACUAAUAACAUGUCUUGAACAUGGUUUAUAAAAGCCAUUGAAAAAGAGUGCUACCAACUGGUGGUGGACUCCGAUAGAGGUGCCGGUUUAGGUGUAGGUCCAACCCGGUUAGAGGAUGUAGAAUGACCAGCAGGAGACAGGGAGACGAGGCACACUUUAUUUACAAACAGCAAACACACACGGCAAACAGGAAAAGGAGACUAUUAGUAGUGUAAGUGUUGUAGUGGUUGUCUACAAGAGAAGACAAGAGAAGAGCAUGUAUUACAUAAUGGCAUUACAGGCUAAUGAAUGUAAUAGCAAAGAGAAUGACACGUGUACUAUAAUGGUCAGGUAUUAGCAUAGGCUAAUGUGGUACACAGUAGGGCACAAUAGUACACUAUGGAGAGCUACUAGCAUGUAUUAGCAGCUAGGCUAACAGUAUGGCUUACUGACAGUAUAUACAGGUGGGCUAGCAUAGCAUAGUAUACACAGGAUACAAUUAAUGGCUAGCAUAUAUAAGGUUUACAAGAAAAGCUAGCAUGCUAGGCUAGCAGGCCACAGGCUGUGGGUAGUAGCACACAGUAUAUACAUUGGAGGCUAGCACACUAGGCCAGUAGGCUAUAUGUACAGCAUACAGCACUAUGUACAGUAGGGAUGAGUUUGCAUUAGGGUUAGCAGCUAGGAGUUAGCAUGCGAUUUGGCUAACAAUGGACAAUCUUGGUAGAGGCUACGAUUCGUAUGAGGAAGUGACCGGAUGUUAUGACGUCACCGGUCGGCCAUUUUAGGUGAGUAACUAGAAGGACUAACUGGUAGCCAUAUUGGGUUCCAUAACAACAAUGAAGGGAUUACUCAUCAUGGCCUGGAUACUGUAUUGUAGCCAGAACUAUGCCAAGCGGGUAGAUAACCUGUUUUAUUUUACAUGGGAUUGCAGGCAGAAGUAAUCCUGACAUAUAACAACUAAUGAAACAUGUAUAAGCAUACAUAUAUAUAAGCAAACAUAAUAAUAUCAGCCUAUAACAUGUAAACAGAUGUUUUGUAGUGAUUCCUAUGUUGAAAAUGUAAAUAAUAUUUGCUCGUCUCUGGUGUGUAAUGAGGAGCAACCAGAUGCUCAAUUUGACAUAUUUAUUCAUUUGCUUGUUCCAGUUACUAAUAAGCAUGCACCCAUUAAGAAAAUAACUGUAAAAACUGUUAAAUCUCUGUGGAUUGAUGAGGAACUGAAAAAUGUUAUGGUUGAGAGGGAUGAGGAAAAAAGAAUGGCCAAUAAGUCCGGCUGCACAGCCGAUUCGCAAACAAUACUGUACAUUAAGAAAUCAUGUGACUAAACUGAACAAAAUAAGAAGAAACUGUACUUUGAAACAAAGAUAAAUAAUAUAAAGAAUGAUAUUAAAAAGCUUUGGAGCACCUUAAAUGAAAUUUGGGGCAAAAAGGCAACCUUGGCUCCAUCAUUCAUUGAAUCAGAUGGCUCAUUCAUCACAAAACCCACUGAUAUUGCCAACUACUUCAAUGAUUUGUUAAUUGACAAGGAUAGCAAACUUAGGCAUAACAACAUCAAAUUCUGAACCUACAUGUCACGUUCCUGACCUGUUUUCCUUUUUCUUGUAUUUAUUUAGUUGGUCAGGGCGUGAGUUGGGUGGGUUUGUCUAUGUUUGAUUUUCUAUGUUGGGAUGUUUGUGUUUGGCCGGUAUGAUUCUCAAUCAGAGACAGCUGUCAAUUGUUGUCCCUGAUUGAGAAUCAUACUUAGGCAGCCUGGGUUUCACGUGUGUUUUGUGGGUGUUUGUUUCCGUGUCUGUGUUUGUUGCACCACACGGUACUGUAUCGGUUUAUGCACUUCGUUUAUUUGUUUUGUAAUUCAGUAUUCAGUUUCGUUUUAAUAAAUCAUUAUGAACACUAA